AUGUUAGACUCAGAAAAACAGGAUGAAGAAUGUGAUCAGAAGCCCUUCAUGGUUCCCACACAUGGUCCCAUCACCAGACCGGGCUGGGGAAGUAGCUCCUUGGCGGGGGGAGGCUCCGGGGUGUCCUUCGGGUCCCCGGCCUGGAGCUUCUCUGCGGGUCCGUCUGGGCAUCUCCCGAGCUUGCGGCCCCACCAGACUCGGGACGCGCGUGGUCCUGGGCCGCAUGUUUCUGCGUGCACGACCCGGCAGCCACCGACCAGUGUUUACACCGCAGCCGGGGAGGGUCGGCGCGCUGUGCUGGGGUGGGUGGAGGGCCCACCAGUUGUAGGUCUUAGCCGUGACUUCGCCUUUUACCAGGAGAAGCGAAUACGCGUUUAUUGCUCGCCUGCUUCGUGCUCCGCGCACUCGGAAUCCACUCUGACCUUGCCCGCAGACUUGGAGUUUGGGUCCUCACCAUACCCCGGGGAAGGGACAGUGGAGAAGCAUGUUUCAGAACGGUCGCUGUUGAUGGGUAGAAUCCGGGUCACAGGUGCAAGCACCAGCUGGGGCUGCUUCUCCUGCAGAGCACCAGGCAGCAGCUCCUGCACCUCAGCUUCGCAAGCUUCGAACCAUCCCCCACAAGAUGAGGAGCAGCUCCAGGCCCUUCCAGCAAUUCUGAUGCCAAAUGAGGAGCACAGCUCUGGGACUACUAGGAGUCCUGACCCCAAUGGAGGAGGACAGUUCUGGGGUCACAGUGCCCUGGAUGAACCCAUACUUACCCAAGUGACUGCCCUGUCUGGGUGCCAGUGUCAACCUCACCUUUGCAGGGAAGCUCCUCUCACUGCUCUGUUCAUGCUUCCAAACCCUGUUGUAGGUUAUGUCUAUGUAAAAGUUCAGGCUGCUUGGCUUGCCUUUCCAGACACUGCUCAGUCUGACCCCCAGGCCGCAGUUCUGCUUCAGGUUCAACUCAUUUAUAAUAGCUUUGCUGAGUUCCUAGUUAAGGAAAAAGGGUAUGACAAGGAAUUGCUUGUGGUAACUCCAGAGGAUUGGGAUUUCUGUUGCAAAGGUUUGGCCUUGGACCUAGAAGAUGGGAACUUCAUUAAACUUGCAGACAAUGGCACUGUUCUCAGGGCAAGCCAUGGAACCCAGAUGCUGACCCCCGAAGCACUGGCCAAGGCCUACGGCAAGAAGGAGUGGAAGCACUUCCUGUCAGAUACAGGGAUGGCCUGUCGCUCAGGAAAGUAUUAUUUUUAUGAUAACUACUUUGACCUGCCAGGAGCCCUUCUAUGCGCCCGGGUGGUGGACUCCUUAACAAAGCAGAACAAUGGUCAAAAAACAUUUGAUUUUUGGAAGGACAUUGUUGCCGGUAUACAACACAAUUAUAAAAUGUCAGCCUUUAAGGAAAACUGUGGAAUAUAUUUCCCAGAAAUAAAAAGAGAUCCAGGCAGAUAUUUACACAGUUGUCCUGAAUCUGUAAAAAAGUGGCUUCGGCAGCUAAAGGAUGCUGGGAAAAUUCUUGUGCUAAUCACCAGUUCCCACAGCGAUUACUGUAGACUUCUCUGUGAAUAUAUCCUUGGGAAUGAUUUCACAAACCUUUUUGACAUUGUGAUCACAAAUGCACUGAAGCCUGGUUUCUUCUCCCAUCAACCAAGUCAGAGGCCCUUCCGGACACUCGAGAAUGAUGAGGAGCAGGAGACGCUGCCCUCUCUGGAUAAGCCUGGCUGGUACUCCCAAGGGAAUGCUGUGCACCUCUAUGAACUUCUGAAGAAAAUGACCAGCAAACCGGAGCCCCAGGUGGUUUAUUUUGGUGACAGCAUGCAUUCGGAUAUUUUCCCAGCUCGUCAUUAUAGUAACUGGGAGACAGUCCUGAUCCUGGAAGAGCUGAGGGGUGAUGAGGGCAUGAGGGGUCGGAGACCCGAGGGGUCGGAGCCACUAGAGAAGAAAGGGAAGUAUGAGGGAUCAAAGGCAAAACCUCUAAAUACCUUAUCUAAAAAAUGGGGCUCUUUUUUUACUGAUUCUGUUUCGAGACUGGAAAAUACAGAAGACUCCUUGGUUCAUACCUGGUCCUGUAAGAGAAUCAGUACUUACAGUACCAUUGCAAUUCCAAGUAUUGAGGCAAUUGCAGAAUUACCUCUGGACUACAAAUUUGCAAGAUUCUCUUCAAGUAAUUCAAAAACAGCUGGCUACUAUCCACACCCUCCAUUGACCCUGUCAGAUGAUGAAACACUGACAACCAAAUAAACCAUCUUUACUGAAAAAUGAACCAUAUGUGCAGCAAGAUACUGUACAAAAAAAUGUUAAUUUUCAAAAAAAUACUGUAAAAUGCUUUCUAGAAACAAGUUUUUAAUGAAAAUUGACCAAGAAAUUGAUAUUCAUCCAUAGGUCUCCUUUCUAUAUUAAUCAUCUUGAUAUUUAAUAAUUCAUUAUAUUAAAAUCUCAGUGUUCUAGAACUAAAAA